GGUAGUUGUGGCGGCGGCUGAGCUGUGGCCGCGGUGGCAGCGGUGCGGAGCCCCAUGGUGCCGGUGCGCGGGCCGCGGCGGCUGAGCGAGGCGGCGCCGCCAUGGGCUCCCUGUUCCGCAGCGAGAACAUGUGCCUGGCGCAGCUCUUCCUGCAGUCGGGCACCGCAUACGAGUGUCUAAGCGCACUGGGCGAGAAGGGCCUGGUGCAGUUCCGAGACCUCAACCAAAAUGUAAGCUCUUUUCAAAGAAAAUUUGUUGGCGAGGUGAAGAGGUGUGAAGAGCUGGAAAGAAUAUUGGUGUACCUGGUGCAGGAAAUUACCAGAGCUGAUAUUCCCCUGCCUGAGGGAGAAGCCAGUCCUCCUGCACCACCUCUUAAACAUGUUCUAGAAAUGCAGGAGCAGCUGCAGAAGCUCGAGGUGGAGCUGAGAGAAGUCACCAAGAACAAGGAGAAGCUGAGGAAGAACCUGCUGGAGCUGGUGGAGUACACCCACAUGCUGAGGGUCACGAAGACCUUCGUCAGGCGGAACGUGGAAUUUGAACCCACUUAUGAAGAGUUCCCCGCCUUAGAGAACGAUUCUCUGUUGGAUUACAGCUGCAUGCAGAGGCUGGGCGCCAAGCUGGGAUUCGUGUCUGGCCUGAUUCAGCAAGGCAAAGUGGAAGCAUUUGAAAGAAUGCUGUGGCGGGCCUGCAAAGGGUACACCAUCGUGACCUACGCAGAGCUGGACGAGUCCCUAGAGGACCCCGAGACGGGUGAAGUCAUCAAGUGGCACGUGUUCCUGAUAUCCUUCUGGGGUGAGCAGAUCGGCCACAAGGUUAAGAAGAUCUGUGAUUGUUACCACUGCCACGUCUACCCGUAUCCAAACACGGCUGAGGAGCGCAGGGAGAUUCAGGAGGGGCUCAAUACUCGGAUCCAAGACCUUUACACUGUGCUGCACAAAACGGAGGAUUACCUGAGGCAGGUGCUGUGUAAGGCGGCCGAGUCGGUGUGCAGCCGGGUGGUGCAGGUGAGGAAGAUGAAGGCCAUCUACCACAUGCUCAACAUGUGCAGCGUCGACGUCACCAACAAGUGUCUUAUAGCGGAGGUCUGGUGCCCCGAGGCGGACCUGCCAGGCUUGCGCAGAGCACUGGAGGAAGGCUCGAGAGAGAGUGGAGCUACAAUCCCCUCGUUCAUGAACACAAUCCCUACGAAAGAGACACCACCCACUCUGAUCCGCACCAACAAGUUCACUGAGGGCUUCCAGAACAUCGUGGACGCCUAUGGUGUCGGGAGCUACCGAGAAGUGAACCCAGCUCUCUUCACCAUCAUCACCUUCCCGUUCCUGUUUGCUGUGAUGUUUGGUGACUUUGGGCACGGCUUUGUCAUGUUCCUGUUUGCCCUUUUACUGGUGUUAAAUGAGAAUCAUCCCAGACUCAGCCAGUCACAGGAGAUCCUGAGGAUGUUCUUCAACGGCCGCUACAUCCUGCUGCUGAUGGGGCUGUUCUCCGUGUACACCGGCCUCAUCUACAACGAUUGCUUCUCCAAGUCUGUGAACCUCUUUGGCUCCAGGUGGAACGUGUCUGCCAUGUAUAGCUCCAGCCAUUCUCAGGAGGAGCAAAAGAAAAUGGUGCUUUGGAAUGACAGCACCAUCAGGCACAGCAGGACUUUGCAGCUGGACCCGAACAUCCCUGGAGUUUUUCGAGGCCCCUACCCUUUUGGCAUUGACCCUAUUUGGAACCUGGCCACAAAUCGUCUCACUUUCCUCAAUUCCUUCAAGAUGAAAAUGUCUGUUAUUUUAGGAAUUAUUCACAUGACUUUUGGUGUCAUUCUGGGAAUAUUUAACCACUUGCACUUUAGGAAGAAGUUUAACAUCUACCUGGUGUCCGUCCCUGAGAUCCUGUUCAUGCUGUCCAUCUUCGGGUACCUGAUCUUCAUGAUCAUCUACAAGUGGCUGGUGUACUCGGCAGAGACCUCUAGGGAGGCCCCCAGCAUCCUGAUCGAGUUCAUUAACAUGUUCCUGUUCCCAUCCAGUGAGACACAUGGCCUCUACCCCGGGCAGGCGCAUGUCCAGAGAGUGUUGCUGGCCCUCACUGUGCUGUCGGUCCCUGUGCUCUUCUUAGGAAAGCCACUCUUCCUGCUGUGGCUGCACAAUGGGCGCAGUUGCUUUGGUGUGAGCCGGAGCGGUUACACACUUGUAAGGAAGGACAGUGAAGAAGAGGUUUCUUUGCUGGGCAGCCAGGACAUAGAAGAGGGGAGCAACCGCAUGGAGGAAGGCUGCCGGGAAGUGACGUGUGAGGAGUUUAACUUUGGGGAGAUCCUGAUGACGCAGACCAUCCACUCCAUUGAGUACUGCCUUGGCUGCAUCUCCAACACCGCGUCCUACCUGAGGCUUUGGGCCCUCAGCCUGGCGCAUGCACAGCUGUCCGAUGUGCUGUGGGCCAUGCUGAUGCGUGUGGGCCUGCGUGUGGACACCACCUACGGGGUCUUGCUGCUGCUGCCUGUCAUGGCUUUCUUUGCAGUUUUGACUAUUUUUAUCCUUCUGGUCAUGGAAGGGCUUUCUGCAUUUCUCCACGCCAUACGCCUUCACUGGGUUGAAUUUCAGAACAAAUUCUACGUUGGUGCAGGCACCAAAUUUGUUCCUUUCUCCUUCAGUCUGCUCUCCUCCAAGUUCUGUAAUGACGACGACAUUGCAUGAUCACAUGGCUGCAGCCGUCCGCUCUCAGGGCUAUGGAGAAUGAUCAUGUUACACAAUUCCCUCAAGUCAGAUUUCUGACGGGGAAAUUCCACCCUUGAUGAUUGCCUUACGACUCAGCCAAUGAUUCUGUAAGAUACACCUCUCCUCGUGUUGAAGAUUUUGUAAAGCUCACCACUUCGGACACAGAAAUUUCGUUGGUUUUUAUUAUGAGCAAAAGUGAGCUAUGCCAACAUUACAUUAAAGAUAUUUUUUUAAUAAGUGUACGAUUGGAGGAGAAAAGCCAGCUGAAUGGCUAGCUAAAAUUGUUUUUAGAUUCUUGAUUCCCUUCCAACUUAAAAAAAAAAACACAAGAGUUGUUCCAUCACGAGAAGACGUCAGAUACCGUAGUUUUCUUCAGACAUUCUGCUGGGCCAUCAGCAGAUCCCCGCACCCUGCUGGCUCAAGAAUGUGUGUGUUCUGCCUGGAUGCUGUCAGAGUCACAGGAGGGAAAGGGACAACACAGCACAGCAGAUGGCUCUCCUGCUCGUUCUUACAAGAGCCCUGCCCCGUUACCUUUGUCAGACCAGUCAUGACAGUUGAACGUUCGGAAAGAUAACUGUCCAGAGCCUUAAAUCCUGGUGCGGCUACAGAGAAGACAGGUGAAAGUAAUGUGUAUUUUUGUAGCAAAGAACAAAUGAAGCUAUUUUGCCACAGAGACCUUGCUUCUGCUGGGGGACAGUGUAAUUUUUUACUUUCACAGUAAUUCUAAAUAAAGGUCUGAUGGCCACAGUUUAAUUUC